UCCGCCCAUCAACUCGAUAACUGCCUUCAAUCCAUUGACGUUGCCACCAAUGAGUGCUGGAGGCGAUAAAUCCACACCCGUUACGCCCAUUCCCUAUGUGCCUGGCAUCCCAGGGCCAGGAAGUCUGACUCCACAGAUGCCACUGCUGCCACCGCCGCCACAGCAGCUGCAGUUGCCGGUUCCGUCGGGCCGUGGGCGUAGCCCGAAUCGCAAGCAACCCAGUCCAUUGUUAAUGGGAGCAGCCGUUGUUGGUGAACUAAAGUCUCUGUCGCCGUUUGGAGGAGUCCAGAAUUUGCCCAGCGAAUUCAGCCGUCAGCCACCAACUCCCGCCCAGCGGCAAGCGCUGCAGUGGAACAGCAAGGAGACGACGCCCAAGAAGGCGCCAUUCAAUUUUCUGCGAAUGGCGGAUAACGUCAAGGCAACCACGGAACCGGAAGUGCGACACUUUAAUCUGGACAAUGUGAUUGGUGGGAAACAGCAAGAGUCGUCGCCACUGACACCACUCCACGUGGAGACACCCAAUGGUAGUGCCACGGAGGAGGCUACCCAGAGUACCUCAGCCAAAUCUAAGUUCCUGCGUCCCACCAGUUUGCCACUGAAACCGGGAACAUUUACGCCAAAGCGUCAUCAUGGAAUCACGCCGACAGCCAACACUCUGCCACUUAUCUCGCCGGAGACCCCAAGGCCCUCCAAAUCCUGCGUGCAACUAUACCUCAACGGUCAUGCCUACACCUACUUGGGCCUCAAAUGCAGCACCAAGAUGUUCUACUGUACAGUGAACUGUCCGCAGCCCUCGUAUGUGGCGGGCAUGCACAAGCUGUCGAUGUACAGCGUGUGGCAGGUGUGUGAGGAGAAUCAACCGCAUCCCCUGGGAUUCAAGCUGAAGAAGGUGAUGUCACUGUACGAUUCCCGGCAAAGGAUGCUAGGAAAUGGCAGUUCCACCGCCAUGGCUGGUUCGGGGAAACUAAGCUACAAUGUGGUCUCCUCACAGCAAACAGUGUGCUCCACUUCUACGUUGGCCAGUGCCAGUUCCAGUGCCUUCUAUCAGAAUCAAUUGAAAACACAGCCCUCAGCUGUCACCGUAUCGGUUUUGAGUGAAGCCAAUGUGGCGGCCAAGGCGAACGAGGAGGAGGCACAGGCCAAGAAACUGGAGACCAGUCCCUCGGGGCAGCCUUUAGUUGGUGGCUAUGAAUCGCAUGAGGAUUACACCUAUAUCCGGGGUCGAGGACGUGGCAGAUAUGUCUGUUCGGAGUGCGGAAUCCGCUGCAAGAAACCCUCGAUGCUGAAGAAGCACAUUCGCACGCACACGGAUGUGAGACCGUUUACCUGCAGUCAUUGCAACUUUAGCUUCAAGACCAAGGGCAACCUGACGAAGCACAUGCAGUCCAAGACGCACUUCAAGAAGUGCAUCGAACUGGGUAUCAAUCCAGGACCCAUGCCAGCCGAUGGCGAGUUCCUGGAUGUUGACAUGGACUUUGAUCAGCAAUCGUCCACCUCGGCGGGAGGUCGCACUUCCUCAAUGGCAGGAGAGUCCGAUUCCGAUGAUUACAGCGACAAUGAAUCGGAGAGUAGUGACACAGACGAGUCCAAGUCUCGGCUGAAAGAGCACGAAGCAGCCAGGUGCCUGCUGUCGCUUUCGAUGACGCCACCCAUUCCACAGAGUGUCUCGCCAUAUCCGCAACUGUUGCAGGACACACCUCUGCCAGCCGCCAGUCCUGCCAAUAGCAUUGGAUCCUCGGGUUCGUUGCCCAAACGUUUGGUGUGCUCAUUUACCUCGCCGAAGCCACCUUUCGACUAUCAAAAGCAGGAACAGUAUUACUCCAAUCCAGAGGAGUCCAAACCUAAGCGCAGCGUAGCCAGCGAGGAGAGCGCUCCCAUGGAUCUCACCAAACCGCGUGGCUCCAUGUCCGCCGCAGUCUCGCCAUCGCCAAUGCCUGUGCCGCCACCUGUUCAGGAUCUGCCCAAGUCUCAGGCCCAGCAAAUGCACGAUGUGAUCUUCGGCAGUUCCGGUAAUGAAAGCGGCUUCAUGAAGACCUUGAUCUCAGUGUCGGACAAGGUGCGCAUCUCCGCCGAAAUGGAGGAGCAGGCCAAGCACGAGGCCGAGGGCGAAGAUGUUUUGCUGCAUACCUACAUCAAGGAGCAGGCGCUGCAUCAUGCCAAGCGAAAGCAGAGUCAGUUUAGUGGCAGCUAUCUAAUCAACACUUUGUUCUCCACGGCGUCCACGGUGAUGAGUAGCAGUAGCAGUGGCAAUGGUAACCUCCUAACCACCAGCAGUCGGCCCAUUAUGACAAUUAAUGAGGUGCCCAGCAUCGAAGUUCAUGAGGUAAAAACGCCGGAGGCUGUGGAAAUGCCACCCCUACCGCCUGUAGUUGCUCCACCAACUCCAACAGCCACACCAACACCCACUCCUAUUCCUACUCCCAUUCCUGUGAAGCUGGUUCAGGAAGAAAGCGAAGAGUCGGAUCAGGAGAAGCCUAUGGUAGAGCCACAUAAUGCCAAUUUGCCAGCUGCAGUGCAGCAGAAGGAUGCCAAUGACUUUAGUGGAGUUCUAGGCCAUCCACAGUCUGGAGGAACAGCGUCAGUAGCCACAUCAACACCUGCUCCUGUGGCUGUAUCCACCUCUAGCGCAAACUCGUCUCAGCCCACGCAGCGUACUGUGAUUGUCGGCGAGGAUGGCUUCAAGAACUCCACGCCCAGCAGCAAGAGCAGUGAUCUCCAGCAGCAUGUAUCUUAUGGUAGAGCAGUGCCAGUACCAGCUCCCAUUGCCAGCGAUGUUCGACCCACCUGCUCCAUUUGCGCCAAGACGUUCCAGCGCCAGCAUCAGCUGACCCUGCACAUGAACAUCCACUACAUGGAGCGCAAGUUCAAGUGUGAGCCAUGCAGCAUCUCCUUCCGCACACAGGGACACCUGCAGAAGCACGAACGAUCCGAGGCCCACAAGAACAAGGUGAUGAUGACAUCGACAUUUGGCGUUCCCACUACCUCCAAUCCACGGCCCUUCGAGUGCACCGACUGCAAGAUCGCCUUUCGUAUCCACGGACACUUGGCCAAGCAUUUGCGCUCGAAGACGCAUGUCCAGAAGCUGGAAUGUCUCCAGAAGUUGCCCUUUGGCACCUACGCGGAGAUCGAACGCGCUGGCAUUAGUCUCACCGAGAUUGAUACCAGUGACUGUGAGAAUUCGUUGAUAUCUCUAAAGUUGCUGGCCCAAAAGCUGCUGGAGAAGGAUCCCAAUAAGCUGAGUGGAUACACUACGCCGUCCGGCAUGAUGCAGCUGGCCCAGGAUCCGGCGAAUCCUGCCUCGCAGGAUAGUGCCUCCGAAGAUGGUUUCAGUGCUGCCGUGGCCAUCGCCUCGGCCAUUGCUUCGCUGGACAAUGACAGUGCUGGUAAUACACCAAAGCGGGCCAGCUCGAUGUCCGAAGACGAAACGGUGGCCAAUGGCCUGAAUCACAACCUGAAGCGGCGUUUGCCCGGCAGUUUCAGCAGCACGGGCGAGGAGAGUGAUAACCCAACCGAGGGCAAUGGCGGCGAGAAACGUGCUCGUUCCAGCCAGGACCUACCGGUUGCUGUUCCCGUUGCUGCAUCAGCGGCGGCGGCAGCGGCCAGCAACUGACAGUACAUGUACAUGCUGCAGCCCAGCUGAGGGUAUCAGUAUCAUCCGGCUAUCUACCACCUGGACACCAGCUACAAUCGCAGGAGCGAGGGUCGCCCUGACCAAACCACCAGCACCUCCAACGAGCGCAUAUCAAAUGUCUAAGCAUAUCGCAUUUGGGCACAACACACACACACAACUAACUGUAGAGCUAGCCUAUAAGCACCCACCUCUCUGCCGCUAAUCGCGAAAUCGUAAUCGAGCGAUAGGAGAGCCAGAUAAGCGAGUCAGCGAGUCAGCUAUUCCAGUGUAAUCACUCUGAAGAGGGGAAGUACCCAAAAGAAGUUCCCUUCGCUUUGAUCUGUGUCUCUUAAGUAUUUAGUUUAAGGAAUCCCAAGUCAGCUCGGCGGUUCCAAUCCGAUUAUGUAUAAGCCAAUCCCAACCAACCAACCAACAAGCACAUGCAAAAAAUCUAUAUAUACAUAUAUAUUAUAUACAUGUACCCGUAACUUGUUUUCGAAAAUGCAUGUAAAUGCAAAAAACUCCUGAAGUGCUGUGAGUUUAUCUACAAAAUGUGAACAAGAGAGCUAGAGAGAGCGUAAUUAGUGUAUAAUUUAUAAGGCCUAGCCCUGAAAUGAAUCCGGAAUGAACUCGAAACUGCAACGAGUACAUUAUUGGUUCAUUUUCAAGCCCAAAUUUAUAU